AUAUCAGAUUAUGUUUAUCUGUCAUCCACUUUUUGCAAUAGUGGUGAAACGUAUUUCGACAUAAACCAGUAUGGUAUCAUCUGCUUUUGAGCACGGUGAACAUAUACAGUGAAAUUAAAGUUCGCGACUACAAUAGAAAUUAUUAUAUGAAUGACAGUUGUGUAAUAUUUACUAAGCUGCAGGAUUAGGAGUACCAAAAUCUGCAAAAGGCAAAUAAAACAUGAGCGAAGAAAAUCCACCGCAGCGGCGCCUGCCCGGAAAGCUGUCAGCAAGUAGGCUAGACAUAUUUAAUACACCGCCACGCUCACCAUCUGAGAAAAAGAAAACUACAGAAAAACCGAAGAUUUUAUCACCGAAGCCAGAUAUUCCGCCUAAAAGAAUCACACAACCAUUGUCAAAAGAAACAACCAUGCCCGACAACCAAAUAUUUCAUUCACCAAUGAUGCUGAUUUCGACGGUUGAUGGCAAAGCUACAUGCAACCAGUCAACCUUAACCAAACUGAGAGAAAUAGAAAAACCAUUGAACAUAGUUUCUGUAGUUGGGACAUUGAGAACUGGAAAAUCUUUCAUCUUGAAUAAACUGGCCAGUCACAGUUCAGCCGGUGACAAAUCUUGGUUUGAGACGGGUCACACAACGACAGCUGUAACAAAAGGUAUCUGGGUAAUGUGUCGGCCACACCCUACACAGGAAGACCAAGUUCUUGUUUUACUAGAUACAGAAGGGAUUGAUGAUCCUGAUAAGGUGGAUAUAGAAGACGACAAAAACCUGUUUGUACUUGCCACGCUUUUAUCCAGCACAAUGGUUUACAACACAAGAGGGAACUUUGAUAGAACUGCAAUUGAUAAAUUUAAAUUUUUAAACAGAAUUAAGACAUCAAUAAAGGUGAGCGGCUCAGAAGAAGACGAUUCAAUCCUUGAUUUCUUUUUCCCGAACUUCGUUCUCACACUAAGGGAUGUUACUCUUGAAUCUAAUGAGGAGGACGAUGAUACAUAUCUGGAAGAUAAGUUAAAGCUUAAACGACGCAAAAAAGGUGAAAUUAUCAAAGAAGAUUCCUUAAAAGAAUACAAUCUUCCAAGAAUGCUUAUCCGAAGAUAUUUCAAAAACAGAAAAUGUUUCCGAUUUAGGAAACCCGUCAAACGUGAUCUGCUUAAAAUGUUGAUGACGCUGCCAGAGAAUACUCUGAAGAGAGAUUUUCAAGAAAAGCUAAACGAGUUCCGGAAUUACAUAUAUUCUUGUGAGCCAAAGUUACUGAAAUCAGGAAAAGCAAUAAAUGGCAGGAUGUUAAGUUCCCUAUUGCUGAAUUAUGUCCAUUCCAUACAAGUUGGAGAGUCUCCAUGUUUGACAAGCGCAAUGAUUUCAAUGUCGACUGUUGAAAAUACACAUGUAGUCCAGAAAGCUUCGGAAAUAUAUAAACGUGAAAUGCAAAGACGUCUUACUUCCUAUUCACCGAGUGAAAAAGGUCUUGUUAACUAUCAUAAGGACAGUAUGAAAGCUGCUCUUGAAGUUUUGAAGUCUGGACUAAUUAUUGACGAUGAACAAAUCUAUGAAGAACAGGCAAUGGUUUGCUUCAAAAACCAGUUUGAAAAAUUCAAAAGUGUUGUCAAGAAAGAUUUAGAGGCAAAAUGUUUGGAUACACUUGGGAGGCUGGAUACAAUGAAAAUACAAGUGAAGAUAAAGAAUCGCAAGUACUGCACACCAACAGGGUAUGAUGAUUAUAUGGAAGAUAUAGACUCGUUGAUCCAGCAGUUUAAUAGAGAAGUCGGUUACAUGGGAUCUGUGGCGAGAAUCGUUCUUCAAGAUUUUCUUGAAAAAAAGGUAGAAGAAGAAGAAAUUGUGUACAAAAUGGUUCUAGAGGCACUAGAUGGGCAAGAAGGGCCAGCAAGGAAAAAGAUCAAGCCCCUGAGUAUGUGCAGAGAAGAAGAUGCUAACAUUUUAAAGGCGGAAGAAGAAGUUGAAGAAGCAAUUAGAGCUGAUAUUGAAAUGUUACAAGUCAACGGUUUACAGAACAUUGGAACACAAUACCUUUGCAUGCUGAAGACAAAAAUUGAAGAAGUAGACAGAGUGAAGAAAGAGCUCACUCCGAGCAACCCAUACUACCGUAAGUUAUGUAAAGAAACGAUACAUUGGAAAAACAUUGUUGACAAGGCUGCAUUUAGGAAGCAGCUAAAACGAGUAACUGAGCAAAAUGAUCCUUGGGACGAUGUUAUAGGACCGCUUUGGAAGAAAGCGCUGGAGAAAGAUGAAUCUAUAGACGAAGAUGAUGUCACGUCACAAUGUUCUUUUGAUGAGGAGGAUUUCAAACCUGCAAAGGAAGAGUCAACAAGUGGAGACAGUUUAACGAUUCUGCCUGACAGAGUUUCGCCGGAGGGAAUGUCUGAUGACCAAGUUUGUCGUGAUCCUGUUCCUGUCGAAGAACGAAGAAAAUCUGAUAAAUGUAACAUCAUAUAAUAAUAGCUACUGUUAUAGGACAAUUCUUCUUGGCAGUUAAGUGGUGAUUGAAUUUAGAAUUAAGAUUUUAUGAGCUAAUGUUUAACUUUCGAAAAAAACAACAUGAUGUGUCCGAGUGUAAGUACAUGUGACUAAUGAAAAAAUACUAGAACGGUUGUUGGUAUAUGCGUAUACAUGCACUGUUUCACUGUGUAUCAUUUUUAGUUCAGAUACUUUGCAUUACAAUGUACAAAUAUAUUAUAUUGUUGAAAAGCUUCAAAAGAACGAGAGGGAAAUUGCAACAGUGAUUGCAUCGCACUGCAUCCUGAGAAAAUACAAUAAACUGCAAAUUUAUAAUAUGACGUCCGUACGCAUGGAAAGUAUGGAGGUAAAGGAAAGUGUUUAUAAUAUGUGCUGAUUUGAAAACGUGGACUAAAUGCAAAAUAUGGUAAUAACACACAAGCGUUGAUCUCCUGUUUGAAAACCAUUAUAGAUGUAUAAGAAUAUUCAUACUGUUUCGUAGAUGUUUAUGCAGUUUUGUUGAAGACCCGAAUAUCGACUGUCUGUAAGCUUUCGAGGUCCCGCUGGUUCCGUCAUAUUUUCUUAUCUUUUGGGAGCGGUCGUACUUUACUUUCUUCAGAUUGCCUUAGAAAGAAGGAGAAAACCAUCAGUUGAAAAUAGAUUAACAGAAGAUUAACAGACAAACGCGGUUAAAUUCUCGGCUUAACCCUAGACAUUGUAAUGAAAGGCUAGAAAAUGCAUAUGGCUUUUGUGCACACGAAGAUUUUAUGUCAGGCGAAAUGCAUCCUAAAUGAAUAUUUCGAGUAAGCUGAUGGUGGGAAAGCAUUGGUAAUGAUAGCGAUCCUUGAUUUCGCCACAGGUAGGCAACUUUGAAGGUUUCCAUGAAUAUCCAGUGUCACACAGACCUUCAGUUGACAAAAAUAAGUACACGAACAUUUCUGCUUAUUCGGUCGAGGGACUUACUGAUUGUAUUUGUUUGUUUUCUUUGUUUGGAUUUAACGCCAUUUUCAACAGUGUUUCAGUUACGUAACAGCUAACAUAUAUACUAACCAGUGAUCCCGGAUUUUUACAAGAACAACCCUGUUAUCCGCAAGUUACUGCCAACUCUUCCACAUGAAAUAGAUCUGGAUGAUGAAUGAUUUCAGACACAAUGUCUUUUUUCAAAUCGUCACGGAGAACAUACGGUCCGCUCGAGGAUAGAACUCACGACCCCGCGAUCCGUAGAUCGGCGCUCUCCCAAUUGAGUAAAACGGGCGGAUUUGCUGGUGUUAUAUAAAUUGAACCGUUAGUAGGGCACAGGUAACGUGGAUACACAUUCAGUAAUUAUACCAACAUUAAAUCAUUUGAUUUAAGACUUGAACGUAUCAAGAAUAUGCAUCCAAUAAAAUUGUGCUGUGAAUAGGAUCGUUUAAGCAUAAGCAUUCAAAAAUUUUACCAACAAUAAAACACAUUUUUAAAGACGUGCACGUCUUAGGCCAAAUCAUUCAAUAAUAAAGUGAGCAAUAAAAUAGUAUAUUUUAGACGUUCUUGUCUUGAAAACAAGCAUUCAAUUACUUUGUCAUCAAUACAACCUUCUGUUUUGAGACAAGCAUAUCUUACGCACAAUCAUUUUAAUAUAUGCCAACUAUAAAAUCGUCUGCUUAAGACGUGCACGUUAUAAUCAUGUUCAUAAUAGCAUCGUCUGUUUUUGAGAUUUACCCGUCUUAAGCAUAAACAUCCAAUAAUUAGGCCUCAAAUAAUUAUGUCAACAAUAAAAUCGUUUGUUUUUGAGACGUGCCCGUCUUAAGCAUAGACAUCCAAUAAUUAUGUCAACAAGAAAACCGUCUGUUUUUGAGUCGUGCACGUCUUAAGCAUAAGAAUCCAAUAAUUAUGUCAAC